AUGAAUCAAUACUCGAACCCAUAUAAUUCAUCUUCAUCAACAGUACCACCACAAGGUCCCUAUGGAUCAUAUCCCGCUCAACAACCUGCCACUUUCAAUCCAUAUCCAUCACAACCAAACGAAUCUUUAAGACAAUAUCCAGCCCCAUCGAAUGAAUAUUCUUCAUACGCACCACCACCAUUUGCUGCCAAACAAACGCCUCCUUAUGUUGAUCCAAAUAUUGCUGCUGGAUAUGAACAGAACCAAGUGUCCUUACAACCUCCUCCACCUGUUGAAUCACAGGAUGAAUUUCCUAAAAAUGACGAACAAAUCGCAGCAUGGGGAAACUUCAAUGGAUUUGGAAAUAAAGAAAUUCGUCGUGCGUUCGUUCGAAAGGUUUAUGCUAUCCUUAUGCUUCAAUUACUGGUGACAUUCGGUAUCGUUGCUAUCUUUCAAUUUACACCGGCAGUUCGUAAAUAUGUUCAAUCUCCUGGUGGUCAAUGGGCUUAUUGGUCGUCGUAUGGCGUUUUUCUCGUUACUUAUUUAGCCUUAGCAUGCUGUAAAAAUGUUGGACGUCGAUUUCCAGUCAAUCUUAUCCUACUCGGUCUUCUAACUUUAUCAAUGGCCUACAUGAUGGGUAUGAUAUCGGCAUAUUAUGAUAUUCAAUCGGUAUUUAUUGCGGUGGGAAUAACGAGUUUUGUUUGUCUGGGUGUAACAUUGUUUUCAUUACAAACGAAAUUUGACUUUACUUCUUGUUUCGGCGUUCUGUUUGCUAUUUCAUUAGCAUUGAUGGGUUUUGGGAUUGCCUGUAUCUUUACUUAUUCGAAGAUUUUGUACACAGUUUACGCUGGACUUGGCGCAGUGGCAUUUUCAAUCUUCUUGGCUGUUGAUACACAAUUAAUCGUCGGUGGAAAACGUCAUGAAAUCAGUGCUGAAGACUACGUAUUUGCAUCAAUUAUGCUCUAUCUUGACGUCGUUUAUAUUUUCAUGUAUAUUCUCAUGUUAGUGGGUAAACGCGAAUAA